UAGAAGAAACGUACCUUGCCACUGUAUUUAAAUAACACUAUAUUAUUUUAUAUAUUUCUUCUUUUGAUUUUAUGAAAAUUUGAUUUCAUAAUGCACGGUCGAUGUUUUUUAUAUUUUUUAAUUUUUGGGUCAUAUUUAAUAAGUGAUUCUUUAUGUUGUGAAUACAGUUUCUGCGGUUGGAAAAGCGAUAACACACAGGCGAAAACAAAAUGGCGUAGACACGGAUCAGGAGAGUUUAACGCGUUCAUAUCAAAUGAGAACGAUUCUCUGAUUCUGCUGUCUCCAAUCUAUGAUCGUGUUUUAGCUGAAACGGGCUGUUUAUUCUCCAGUUUUCAUAUUGAAAAUACGGGAGGAUAUAUAUUCCGGAUCUACCAAAUACCAGUAAAUGUUGCAUAUAAACAGUUGCUUCAGAACAACGAAACAAGACAGGACUACGUACUUUUUGAGAUGGGGACAAGGAUGGCUAGUUUUAGGACACACUUUAGCCCUGUGAUAACACUCAAGAAAUUUGAUCGUGACUUUCAGAUCGUCUUAGAAGUGAUAGCUACCAGUGACCGAUAUGUAAAUCCAGAAAUAAAUAAUAUUACUAUACUUCAAGGCAGCAACUGCACUUCAGCUCAAAUGGUCGCCGUCACUCCAAGUUCCGACACUUUUGAAGAAUAUUACGUAUACUUGUACACAACAACUACAACAACCCCGCCGCCGACAACAACAGCCCAAACGAGUGAAGACGUAAAAGAUUAUUUAAGUUGUGAAUCAAACCAAAGUUUCUGCGAUUGGAGUAACGAUCCACAGGCGAAAACAAAAUGGCAUAGAAACGGAUCAGGACAUCUUACUGCAUACUUAUCAAAUGAGAACGACUCUCUGAUUCUGCUGUCUCCAAUCUAUGAUCGUGUUUUGGCUGAAACGGGCUGUUUAUUCUCCAAUUUUAAUAUCGAAAAUAUGGGAGGAUAUAUAUUCCGGAUCUACCAAGUACCAGUAAAUGUUGCAUAUAAACAGUUGCUUCAGAACAACGAAACAAGACAGGACUACGUACUUUUUGAGAUCAGGACAGGGAGAGCUAGUUAUAAAAGACAAUUUGCCCCUGUGAUAACACUCAAGAAAUUUGAUCAUGACUUUCAGAUUAUCUUAGAAGUGAUAGCUGCCAGUGACCUUUAUGUAAAUCCGGAAAUAGAAGAUAUCCCUUUACUUCAAGGCAGCGACUGCACUUCAGCUGAAAUGAUCGCCAUUCAUCCACAUUCCGACGAUUUUGAAGAAUAUUACAUAUACACAACAACUACAACAACCCCGCCGCCGACAACAACAACCCAAACGAGAGAAGAAGUAAAAGAUUAUUUAAGUUGUGAAUCAAACCAAAGUUUCUGCGAUUGGAGUAACGAUCCACAGGCGAAAACAAAAUGGCAUAGAAACGGAUCAGGACAUCUUACUGCAUACUUAUCAAAUGAGAACGUCUCUCUGAUUCUGCUGUCUCCAAUCUAUGAUCGUGUUUUGGCUGAAACGGGCUGUUUAUUCUCCAAUUUUAAUAUCGAAAAUAUGGGAGGAUAUAUAUUCCGGAUCUACCAAGUACCAGUAAAUGUUGCAUAUAAACAGUUGCUUCAGAACAACGAAACAAGACAGGACUACGUACUUUUUGAGAUCAGGACAGGGAGAGCUAGUUAUAAAAGACAAUUUGCCCCUGUGAUAACACUCAAGAAAUUUGAUCAUGACUUUCAGAUUAUCUUAGAAGUGAUAGCUGCCAGUGACCUUUAUGUAAAUCCGGAAAUAGAAGAUAUCCCUUUACUUCAAGGCAGCGACUGCACUUCAGCUGAAAUGAUCGCCAUUCAUCCACAUUCCGACGAUUUUGAAGAAUAUUACAUAUACACAACAACUACAACAACCCCGCCGCCGACAACAACAACCCAAACGAGAGAAGAAGUAAAAGAUUAUUUAAGUUGUGAAUCAAACCAAAGUUUCUGCGAUUGGAGUAACGAUCCACAGGCGAAAACAAAAUGGCAUAGAAACGGAUCAGGACAUCUUACUGCAUACUUAUCGAAUGAGAACGACUCUCUGAUUCUGCUGUCUCCAAUCUAUGAUCGUGUUUUGGCUGAAACGGGCUGUUUAUUCUCCAAUUUUAAUAUCGAAAAUAUGGGAGGAUAUAUAUUCCGGAUCUACCAAGUACCAGUAAAUGUUGCAUAUAAACAGUUGCUUCAGAACAACGAAACAAGACAGGACUACGUACUUUUUGAGAUCAGGACAGGGAGAGCUAGUUAUAAAAGACACUUUGCCCCUGUGAUAACACUCAAGAAAUUUGAUCAUGACUUUCAGAUUAUCUUAGAAGUGAUAGCUGCCAGUGACCUUUAUGUAAAUCCGGAAAUAGAAGAUAUCCCUAUACUUCAAGGCAGCGACUGCACUUCAGCUGAAAUGAUCGCCAUUCAUCCACAUUCCGACGAUUUUGAAGAAUAUUACAUAUACACAACAACUACAACAACCCCGCCGCCGACAACAACAACCCAAACGAGAGAAGAAGUAAAAGAUUAUUUAAGUUGUGAAUCAAACCAAAGUUUCUGCGAUUGGAGUAACGAUCCACAGGCGAACAAAAGAUGGCAUAGAAACGGAUCAGGACAUCUUACUGCAUACUUAUCAAAUGAGAACGACUCUCUGAUUCUGCUGUCUCCAAUCUAUGAUCGUGUUUUGGCUGAAACGGGCUGUUUAUUCUCCAAUUUUAAUAUCGAAAAUAUGGGAGGAUAUAUAUUCCGGAUCUACCAAGUACCAGUAAAUGUUGCAUAUAAACAGUUGCUUCAGAACAACGAAACAAGACAGGACUACGUACUUUUUGAGAUCAGGACAGGGAGAGCUAGUUAUAAAAGACACUUUGCCCCUGUGAUAACACUCAAGAAAUUUGAUCGUGACUUUCAGAUUAUCUUAGAAGUGAUAGCUGCCAGUGACCUUUAUGUAAAUCCGGAAAUAGAAGAUAUCCCUAUACUUCAAGGCAGCGACUGCACUUCAGCUGAAAUGAUCGCCAUUCAUCCACAUUCCGACAAUUUCGAAGAAUAUUACAUAUACACAACAACUACAACAACCCCGCCGCCGACAACAACAGCCCAAACGAGAGAAGAAGUAAAAGAUUUCGUUAAAGAGACUGAUGUGAACGAAACAAUAACCACGCAACUACAACAACAAACACGACCAAAAACAACCGUUUCAUCAGAUAUUAAGACAGAUAUAUCAACAACAACUCCAUCAGCAUUGAUGAUGUCGCCACUGGUAACAUCAGAUCAACAAUCAUCAAUAGUCCAGCUGUUAGCAAAAAUGAGCUUUCCUUCAACAAUAACGCAAUAUCCACCAGGUCUUAACGGAAUUCAUCCAAAAGUAGUAGAGUGGAUAGUUCGAACAUACUAUUAGAUUAGACGGAUGGGGCUGUGGAUGCUAAAGGAGAACGACCAUUUUGGUCCUAGCAAGUUAUAGAAAACAAUAAAAGACGAAAAAUCGUUUAUAAUACCAAAAUGACCAAAAAUAAUAAUUAGAAUUAUUCAUAGUUGUUUUAGCUUUACAUCGAACAUCACAUAUUCAAUAUGUGAUGUUCACGAUUUCAACAAUGUUUGUUGCAUUUUAUUACGUACACGGCACGGCCAAGUCAAUUUUUUUUUUGAUCUUUAUUUUUCUCUAACGAACUACAUUAAAUUCGCUUAUAUGAGAAUUACAAUUAACUCACUAAGGUUAUAUAGGUUAUAUUAUUCACGUGUGUUUAUUCACUAAUAGACUUAAAUUUUACAUACAAUUAAAUAAAAAAAAUAUUGUUAAAAAAUGCGGGUAAUUUUAACAUACAUGUUUGUUACGUAGAAUACUAAAUACAUGUAUCAAUUAACUUAAGCGGUUUAUAUUCCUUAGUUACUGAGAUGAUAAUAUUAUAUAAGUCACAAAUUGAUUUAAAUUAAAGUUUGUAAGGAGAUCCGCAGAAGAACCAAAGUCGCCAACAUAGCUCAACGAGUUGCGAAGCUGAAGUGGCAAUGGGCGGGGCACAUAGUGCGAAGAGCCGAUGGACGUUGGGGUCCCAAAGUGCUGGAAUGGCGACCCCGCACUAGUAAGCGCAGUGUUGGCCGACCCCCCACUAGGUGGACUGACGACAUCAAGCGAGUCGCAGGGAUUCGCUGGAUGCAGGUGGCUCAGUAUCGUGAUGUUUGGAAGUCCCUACAGAAGGCCUAUGUCCUGCAGUGGACGUCCAUCGGCUGAUGUGAUGUGAUGAUGAAAGUUUGUAAGUAAAUAAUUAAGUUUAAAUUAAAGUUAAGGUUUGUUUAAAAAACUGGACAAGUGCGAGUAGAACUUGUGUGAUGAGGAUUCCGAACGAUGUUAAUCUAUGUUUUGUUAAAUCUGUCCUAAAAUUGCAAUUAUAAAAUAUUUAGCUUUUUUCGUUAUGUUUAAACUUGAAAUUAUUAUUAAAUAUAUAGCUAUUUAGCAAAACUAAACAUUGGUUUUCAUGAAUUUAAUAUUGUUUAUAUUAAAUUUGAUAUGAUUCAACUACUCUAUUGUAUAAGUGCGGGUAUGAAAGUUUUGCACAUUUUUCUAGACGUCAUGACAAGUCGAAUGAGCUACCACACAUAUUUUUAUUCGCAAUAUCAGUAUUUAACACUGUUUGGAAGAUGUUAACUGGACUACUGGCUCAUAAAACAUAGUAGGUUAACCAUAAUCUAUACUAGUCUAUACUAAUAUUAUAAAGCGGAAGAGUUUGUUUGUUUGUUUGAUUGAACGCGCUAAUCUCAGGAACUACUGGUCCGAUUUGAAAAAUACUUUCAGUGGUAGAUAGCCCAUUUAUUGUGGAAGGCUAUAGGCUAUAUUGUAUUUUCAAAAAAAUUAGGGAUCCUUCUGAAACUCCAAUAAUGUAACCCAAGGUGUACAAAAGUUUUGUUUACAUGGCGUGCGCUGCAAAAACUAUUCAUCUUAGAAUAAAAUAAUGUACUACAACUUUGCAGAACACAUUAUUUUCUACAAAAAAUUAUGCGACAACAUAUAUCUAUCUUCUAUAUUUUAGCAGAUGUAGUACCUUUUGUACUUUAAUAAAUUAAUUAAAUCAUA